UCCGUUUUCCAGUUUUAUAUUUCUUUUAGCUCAAGGGUUGGAUCAAUUUGAAGCCGCUUCUUCUGUUUUCUCGAUUUGGUUUCUGGGGUUUCUUCUGCUUCAUUCACAUCUGGUUCUUGAAAAGGUUGUUUUGGGGUAAAAGAGUUACCAAGAAACUGAAGUGUGGCAAUUUUAGUUGAAUAACGAACAGUAUGCGGUGGUGGCUGAGUCUUUCCGUUGAUGUCUUUCGAAAAGUUAUCUCUUUGAACUUGUAUUGCAGAGUGAUUCUGUAAUUCAGUAAUCUAUAUUAGCAAAUAGCAAGUACCCUUCCUCUUUACUCGCCUGUCUUUGUAUUAAUCGUUCAUGGGAUCCACUUUUUUCGUCGUCGUUCCAUGUUAUGUUCUACGGAUCAGCUGAAAACCUUCAAAUCCAUUUCUCAAAUUUCUAAUCCAGGAGUUAGUGUUUUGAUUUCAGUAGGGAUAGCUUUUGUAGUGAUAUUUCAGUUUUAUCGUUCUGGGUUACGGAGUUUAAACACGUCGUUGUCUGGAAGAUAUCUUGCUUUUUGUCAUUUUGAAGGGUUUGGGACGUAGUUAUGGUGUGCCAAGCAGCUAGCCAAACUAGAUUCCGGGCAUUGAAGUACGAAAAUGGUAUUGCAGGGAGUGCCACCAUUGUAGUUAGAGUUAUAGCAUGCUUUCAACCUCUUCAGGAUUGCCAGGCUGAAUAUUUCCGUCAUUUGCUUAAGCCGGUUACGUAGUUUAGUUUUACAUUUCCGUGUUCAAGUUAAGCUGGAGUUGUUAGUUUUUUCCCUAGUUUUUGAGAGAAGCUGCAAGUAAACCGCUAUUUCUACUGCCACAACAUUUAACUUCUGGUGAUAGUUCUGGUUGGAUGGCAGAAGGCUGCGGAUCCUGGUUUCCUCUGCAGCAAUUUGAUUGGCUAUCACCCAAAUUGAAUACUUUGGCUGCUUCACAUCCUUUGGGGCAGCAAAGUAUUAAUCCUCCAUUCGUAAACUCUGGCACUAGUAUGGUCUCUGCUACCGGGACUUUGCCGGUUUAUGGAUAUCACGAUUUACCUCAUUUGCAGGUUGGUCAAGUUAAUGAAUCCCAUGGUCGGUGUUACUAUUUACCCCCCUCUCAACAGGUCUUUGCACCCGCUUCAAACACUUUCUUGAAAGAGCGACUCCCACCUGAUCCUUAUGGGAAUCGUACGGAGAACAUUGUCCCGAAGGCAGGGUCUGGGUGCAGUCAGAAGAGAUUCCUUGUUUUUGACCAAUCUGGUGGUCAAACUACCAUGAUGCUUAGUUCUUUUGGGACUCCUAUUAAGUGCGGUUCUUUGGGUCCCAAAUUUCCUUUUGCUUGUAACUUGAGUAGGGAGGAUCCCUUGGCCAAAGUGAGCCUGAAUCUUCACCCUGGACUAACCUCUAAAGGUGUAUUUGACGACAAUGGGACUGAUGUGCAAAGUGAAAUGCGCGAGGACACUGAAGAACUCAAUGCCUUGCUUUACUCUGAUGGUGAUGGUGAUAGCGAUUACACCGAGGAUGAAGAAGUUGCAAGCACGGGUCACUCUCCUAGCACAAUGACAGCCCACUAUGAGCAAUCUGAGGAAGGUGCUGAAGGGGUUGCUAGUUAUACUGGCCUAACCAAAAGGCGAAAACUGCUCGAUGGCAGUAAUGGUUGUAUGCAAUUCCCUGUUAACAAUACUAGUUCAGUGAAUCACAGUAUAUGUUCUGAGCUCGAGGAUGAUGCUGAUUCCAGUUUUACCAAUGGCCAAAAUCCAGUAUCCGAUGAUAUGGAUUCGUCUUCAGGCAACAAGAGAAUGUGGGUAGAUAAAAUUCGUGAGACUGUGAGUGUAUUAAGAAGCUUAAUUCCAGGUGUUGGGGGAAAGGAUGCUGUUAUGGUUCUUGAUGAAGCCAUUGAUUGCUUACAUUCUCUGAAACGUAAAGCCGAAACCUUGGGACUUGGUACUCUAUGAGUUGGCACCGUUCAUGUUAGUAGUAUUGGUGUAUAGCAUGUCAUAACUAGUCAUUGUUAAUGGAGCAUAAUUGAAGUUUGGGCAGUCAUGUUUGGAGAUGCAUGCAUUACAGAUGACCUGGAGUCUACCAACAAAGGAGAUGAAGAUCCAAAGAUAGUGGAGAGAGAAUUGAAUUCAAAUUUGCGUUUCUUGAAUGAUUUGAGCUGGAAACCAGUACCUUUAGCUUGAAAUCUCACUGUUUCAUGAGAAAGCAGGAUAGUGAAUCAUGAGCCUUGGGGUUUAGUAAAAGUAACAACACUCACAGCCCGGCAUGAGAAGAUUGGUUAAUGGAAGAGGGACCCUCAUAAGGGGUGCGCUAAGGGCAUGCCUCUUAGGUGUUUUGGGUCCCAAUCCUCACUUUCUUCAUCCUUUUUGUAUUGUUGUCAAGCUUAAGUUAAUCCUUGUGG